CCAAAAUCCUUCCAUUAAUUUUUAUUUCCACUUUAUCAAUUCUUUCACUUUUAAGAUUCAAUCUCUCUCUACCAAAUGGCCCAGAAUGAUCGCCAAUACCAACACCAAUCCACCCUCACUUACCAAUUUGCCAGGGCUUCCACAGCAGCAGCCUUCGGUGGCUCUCUAGAACUCCUCUCAGGCCUCACACUCACUGGAACUGUCAUUGCUUUGGUUUUGGCCACACCUUUGCUGGUCCUCUUCAGCCCAGUUUUAGUCCCAGCUGCUAUCACUCUGUUUUUGUUGUUUGCCGGAUUCGUUACCUCCAGUGGGUUGGGCGCUGCCGGAGCUUUCGUGUUGUAUUGGAUGUAUAACUAUGCAGCAGGAAAGCACCCUCUUGGUGCAGACAAACUUGAUCAGCUAGGAAACAUGAUUGCAAACAUUGUGAGUAAUGGUAGGGAACAUCAUGACCAAGGUGAAGAAGACUGGGAAGUACCACGAAAGAGGAGAGUAUUAUUGUAAAUAUGAAAAAAUGGAUGAAAUAGCUGUAGAUCUAUGCCAAUAAAUGACCGCUAAAGAGAAACGUGUUCCUUUUAUCCUUUUGGCCAUCAAUAAUAAGCUUUUGUUUGUAUUUC